UAUUCGACCACCCAGCUGCAGCUUCGCCUGCUCUUUCCUGCGCUCUAUGCCGUACAGCAACAACAUAGCUCUCCCGCUCUCACUGCUGGGGUGCGGCGCUGGCUUGAGCUCCCUCGCACGCCUGCCGACGCGGCACAGUUAUCGUCUAGCUACUGCACGCUUGCCAACGCGGCAGAUUUCUCGACCAGGGCCACCAUCAAUGAAGGCUGAAAUGUCCGCAACCGACGCGCGCACGUUCUGUAGCACCUCGCCGCACGCUGUGAUUGUCACGGUCUGGCCGACGGCCCACGCCCAAGCAGGCUCCGCCCGCGCGUGGAUAGAGCAGUGCGGUGGAAAAAUCCUCCACGACGCCGAGGUCGCCAUCGGCAAGCAAGGCGCCGUCGCCACGUGCCUCGCCCUCUAUUCCGGCGAGGACUGGCUCGAGACCAACUGCUGGUACGGCGAGAGUCCCCUACCGACGGGACCGCCCGGCGGGCCCCACGCCGGCGCGCGCUGGAAGGCGGCGCUGACCUGGACGCAGGACGCGCCGCUGACCGUGUUCGUCGUGGACGCGUCCGAAACGGGCGGCGCGCUGUGGUCUAGCAAAUAUAGGGUGCGCGAGCAAUUAAGGAGAGAGGUCGGCGGACUGGGGAACUGCUGCGUGCACCUCACAGACAAUCAGGCGGCGGCGCUCGACGGUCGCGGCGCGCGCGGCGGCGGCUACGCGUGCGAUAGUUCCUACGCGUACCACUGCGCGCGCGUGCUCCUCGAAGCGUCGUCGGUGCGAUUUUUGGCAGAAGCGGACGCGGACGCGCCCGCGUUCGAGGAGCGCUUCGCGGCGUACGAGAGCUGGCUCGCGCGGGAAGACGCGCCGGUUGGCGGGGCGCCUGCAUUUGUUGUUUAGCUUGUGUGAUUCUAUCAUGUUACGGUG